AUGUCCAUUACCAAAAUUCACGCUCGCGAGAUCCUCGACUCCAGAGGCAACCCGACUGUGGAGGUCGACCUGUACACACAUAAAGGACGGUUCAGGGCUGCUGUCCCCAGCGGUGCCUCCACAGGUGUGCAUGAGGCUCUGGAGCUCAGAGAUGGAGACAAGGCUCGUUACCUGGGCAAAGGUGUGAAGAAAGCUGUGGAACACGUUAAUAAGGAAAUUGCACCUAAACUGAUAGAGAAGAAACUGAGUGUUGUGGAACAGGAGAAGAUUGAUAAACUCAUGCUUGAGCUGGAUGGCACUGAGAAUAAAUCUAAGUUUGGUGCUAACGCUAUCCUGGGUGUGUCUCUGGCGGUGUGUAAGGCUGGUGCGGCCGAGAAAGGCGUUCCUCUGUUCCGCCACAUUGCCGACCUUGCUGGUCACAAAGAGGUCAUCCUACCAGUGCCCGCGUUUAACGUGAUUAACGGUGGCUCUCAUGCCGGUAACAAACUGGCCAUGCAGGAGUUUAUGAUCCUGCCAGUGGGGGCGUCUACCUUUCACGAGGCCAUGCGCAUUGGCGCGGAGGUUUAUCACAACCUGAAGAAUGUCAUCAAAGGCAAAUACGGCAAAGACGCCACCAACGUCGGAGACGAGGGUGGCUUCGCGCCGAACAUUCUGGAAAACAAUGAAGCUCUGGAGCUGCUGAAGACUGCCAUUGAGAAGGCUGGAUACACCGACAAAGUCAUUAUUGGAAUGGAUGUCGCUGCAUCAGAGUUUUUCAAGAAAGGAAAGUACGACCUUGACUUUAAAUCUCCAGAUGACCCCAACCGUUAUAUCACAGGAGAGCAGCUGGGAGAUCUGUACAAGAACUUCAUCAAGCAUUACCCUGUCCAGUCCAUUGAGGAUCCCUUUGAACAGGAUGACUGGGCACACUGGUCCAGUUUCACCGCCUCAGUGGACAUCCAGAUUGUAGGGGAUGACCUGACGGUGACCAACCCCAAACGCAUCCAGCAGGCGGUGGAAAAGAAAGCCUGCAACUGCCUGCUGCUGAAAGUCAACCAGAUCGGCAGCGUGACAGAGUCGAUUCAGGCCUGUAAGCUGGCUCAGAAGAACGGCUGGGGUGUGAUGGUGAGUCAUCGCUCUGGAGAGACAGAGGACACCUUCAUCGCUGACCUGGUGGUGGGACUGUGCACUGGACAGAUUAAGACUGGCGCCCCCUGUAGGUCAGAGCGUUUGGCCAAAUACAACCAGAUGAUGAGGAUUGAGGAGGAGCUGGGAGACAAGGCCAAGUUCGCCGGGAAAGAUUUCCGUCACCCCAAGAUCCACUAA